AUGACACAAACCCCAAACAUCAACACACAGUCGCGGCAGCAGGACGAAAAAUCCGCAAGUUUGGGGCCCCGGAAACGGUCCAAGGCAGGGUGCAUGAUGUGUAAGAUCCGCAAGAAGCGUUGCGACGAGGCGAAGCCCACCUGUGGCGACUGCUCUAGACUCAAUAAAGAGUGUCAUUAUGUCACGGACGAGAUGUCUACCGAGGAAAUACGCAGAUUGCGCAACGAGUGCAAACGUAUUGAUGCUGGCCGCAAGUGCCGGAACCGCAAGCCCAAAACUAUCACGACGCCUGGCCCGAUGCGGACGGAGUCGGAGAGUCCCAAAGUGGUGUUCAACCCGCUUUCUGUGCGCGGUCAGGUUGGAGUCGAUUUUAUUGGAAAACAGGAGGGAGUCGAUGCUUCCAACACUAUCUGGAACACUUUUUACGAGAACAUCAUGAAGUCUGUGACUAUGGAGGCGCGCACAAGGUCUCCGUCGCCUGCUCCGGACGAUUUGAUGCCCAUGGCGUUCCCAGAGACGUUUUCUCCCAACAUCACGAAGUUUCUUCACGACUUGCCCGACGCUGAGAUCCGCGCCUCGCCCAGCGAGGAGCUGACGCCAUUCUACCCCGAACAGGUACCUCGGAUCUCCAUCUGCAUGAACCCGUCGCUAACAGCCAACUCGCCUGUCGCGUCGCUGUCGGACGUGGGUCGCAGGUUGUACGACUAUUUCCGCAACAAUCUGUGUCACGUGGUCUCGCUGGUGGACGAGGAAAAAAACAUGUAUCUGCGGACGUUCAUCCCGAUGUCGCAUGUGGACAAGAGCGUGCUGUACGGGAUACUGGCCUGGAGCGCGUUCCACCUGGGGGGCAGCCAGAUGGAAAAACAGGGCCAGUACUACAUCAACAAGGCGAUUGGCGAGAUCAGCAGCCGGCCGCUGCUUCGUGGCGAGUCCAAGGAGAACUACGACCGGCUGAUCGAGGUUCUGGACGAGGACGACGAGAAGGUGGUCAAGGAGGAGCAAUUGAGUGACUCGGCGGCUCUUUCUGGGCUCAAUUACUCGGACAAACUCAACCUCAGAUUGGCUGCUUACCUAAUCCUGUGCGGAGUGGAGAUCUGUAAAGGAGACGUUACCAAGUGGUUCCAGUACCUGAACUACGGCGCAGACCUGAUCAAGAUGAAGGGCGGCAUCCAGACGUUCAACGACAGUCGGGACGAGCAUUUUCUGAUCACCAACUACGCUUAUCACGACAUGACGUCUGCUUCGGUGGUAGAAGACCGACAGCUACAUUUCGACCUGCACGAGUACGAAGACAUGUGGAUGGCGUCGAACCGGAUCGGGUUCUUGGACCCGCUGCUGGGGCUGUCGUCGCCGGUGUUCAAGGUGCUCGCGGAGAUCAACCAGCUGGUGAUGAAGUCGAGACUGCUUUUGCGGCACUAUAAAGAGAUGCCAUCGCUGGACGAGGAGCUGGGCGGGUCGACGAUGUCGCAGGACUGGUACAAGAAGCAGCUGCUCAAGGCGGUGGAGGAAAACAAGUAUACGAGCGUGUCGGAGGUUUACGAGGAGGUGAUGAAGGAGUGUUCGUCGUUGGACUCGAAGCUGAAUACAGCCGCACCUAACUAUAUGCUAAUGAACGGAAUGGACGCGACGAACUUCGAGCUGCAGCUGACGAUGUUCGAGGCAUUCCAGCUGGCGGCUAAGAUCCAUCUGCGGCAGUCGGUGAUGAAGAUGAACUCGUCGUCGUUGGAGAUCCAACACCUGGUGGACCAACUGGUGGCCUCGCUGGAUAUUCUGCUGGGCUCGAAUUUGGAGGCGGCGUUGUGCUUCCCGCUGUUCAUCGCCGGAAUGAACUGCAUCUAUACACAGGAUCGGAAACAAAUGGACGACCGCAUCGACGAGUUUGUCAAGCGGUACCGAUGGCGGAGCAUUGGCAGAUGCCAGCUGGUGAUGAAGGAGGUCUGGGCCAUGAACGAGUGCGGCGAGAGAUGGGUCGAUUGGUACGAGAUCGUGCGUAAACUUGGAUGGGACCUCAGUUUUGCUUAA